AUGGCGAGGUACGAUCGAGCAAUCACCGUCUUCUCCCCCGACGGCCACCUCUUCCAGGUCGAGUACGCUCUCGAAGCCGUCCGCAAAGGUAACGCCGCCGUUGGCGUCCGCGGCACCGACAACGUCGUCCUUGGCGUCGAGAAGAAAUCCACCGCCAAACUCCAAGACUCCAGGACGGUGAGGAAGAUUGUAAAUCUUGACGAUCACAUUGCGCUUGCGUGCGCCGGGCUGAAGGCCGACGCACGUGUGCUCAUAAACCGGGCACGUGUGGAGUGUCAAAGUCACAGGCUCACCGUCGAGGAUCCCGUAACCGUUGAGUAUAUUACCCGUUACAUUGCGGGGCUUCAGCAGAAGUACACACAGAGUGGUGGUGUGCGCCCCUUUGGGCUUUCCACCCUCAUUGUUGGGUUUGAUCCCUACACUGGCGCGCCCUCACUGUACCAAACGGACCCCUCUGGCACGUUUUCCGCGUGGAAGGCGAACGCCACCGGCCGAAACUCGAAUUCGAUUCGGGAGUUUCUGGAGAAGAACUACAAGGAGACCUCUGGGCAGGAGACUGUGAAAUUGGCUAUUCGUGCAUUGCUUGAAGUUGUUGAGAGUGGCGGGAAGAACAUAGAAGUUGCUGUGAUGACAAAGGAGCAUGGUCUGCGUCAGCUGGAGGAAGCUGAAAUUGAUGCCAUAGUUGCUGAGAUCGAAGCAGAAAAAGCAGCUGCUGAGGCUGCUAAGAAAGCCCCUCCUAAGGAGACAUGA